AUGGCUUCCUUCUCCAUUCAUGCUCUUCCCAAUCCUGCUCUCGAUCAUGACACCCUUCUCGAGUAUUCUUCGCGGCUGAGGGCUCUUCGACUCAAUAGUUUGAAAUCAGACCCCAGCAGUUUCAUUUCGAGAUACGAGAGCGAGAUCACCCAACCUGAAGAGUUCUGGAUAAAGAGACUCACAAACCCAAGAGCCAUCCACGUGGUGCUUGUGCGCAACAAUCCAGACCAUCAGAAUACGGAUGAGAAGACCAAGUUGCUGGAAAGUCAGUGGGUUGGCUUCUUGGUCAUUGCUGCCCCAGACUACCAAAGAGCCGACAAUCAGGACAACGCACCACCCGAGUAUCUGAUGGCAGCCCUCUGGGUCGAUCCUGAUGUCCGUGGCCAUGGGCUUGGGAAGCGAUUGGUGCAGACAACCAUUGACACCGUCAAGAAGGAUGCGACGAGAGAAAAUGGAGCCUCUCCUUUCUGUGUGACAAGCGUCCGACAAGGUAAUGAUAAAGCUUUGAAAUUAUACCAGAGCAUAGGUUUCCGUAUCAUCGACCCCAACGAAAAGAUUGAAAAGGAAGGAAGAACGUACAUUGCAACAGCAAUGAGGAUUGAUGUAUAG